AUGGCCUGUUUUCACACUGGGCCACAGGUGGUCGCAGGAACUGCCAGUGUGGUUGUGGGGCACCCCCUGGACACAGUCAAGACUCGUUUGCAAGCUGGACAAGGAUAUGGAAAUACACUCAGCUGUGUUCUCACUGUGUACAGAAAUGAGUCUGUGGCUGGUUUUUUCAAAGGCCUGUCCUUCCCACUGGCCAGCUCUGCUGUCUACAACUCCCUGGUGUUUGGUGUCUUCAGCAACACACAACAGCUCCUCAGCCAGCUCCGCCAUGGAGACCCAUCGCAGGCUCCAGCGCUGGCCGACGUGGCCCUGGCCAGUGUGGUGGCAGGGUUUGUGUCCGUGGGCAUUGGCACUCCUGUGGAGCUGGUGAAGAUAAGGCUGCAGAUGCAAACACAGCCAUACACCAAAGCAGACACUAAACUAAACCCCACAGCUCCUGGCUUUCCUGUGUACCGAGGUCCCAUCCACUGCUUUAGGACAGUCCUACAGAAAGAAGGGAUAGCAGGAAUAUACCGAGGCUCAGGAGCAAUGCUCCUGAGGGAUAUUCCUGGGUACUGCCUCUAUUUCAUCCCAUACAUGUGUUUCUGUGGGUGGAUCACCCCCGAGGAAUGCCUUUCCCCCAGUCCCUUCUCCAUCUGGCUGGCAGGGGGUAUAGCAGGAGCCAUUUCCUGGGGGACUGCUACUCCAAUGGAUGUUAUGAAAAGUCGACUUCAGGCUGAUGGAGUUUAUUUAAACAAGUACAAAGGGACCCUUGACUGUAUCAUGCAAAGCUACCAGAGCGAGGGCUUAAAAGUCUUUUUUAGGGGCAUCACGGUCAAUGCAGUGCGAGGAUUCCCAACAAGUUCAGCCAUGUUUCUUGGCUAUGAACUUUCCCUCAAAGCAAUGAAAAGAGACCAAACUGAGACCAAUCCUUAA